AUGAUCUCAACCAUCUUUGUUCUAUUGAUAUCAUACCACUCAACGGUAUUUGCCUUUUCAAGCUCAGGCCUUGCUUAUUGUUCACCAUCGACACAAACAAUAAGAUCCAACAGCAACAAUGGACAGAGAAUACAGAGCAAGUCGUCCUUUGCACUGAACUUGUCCUCUGAGACGGGAUCUAAAGAUGACGGCGAGCUUGCAAGCAAUCCUUCACGGCGGCAAAUGCUUGCCCAGUCGGCUGUUGCUGCCUUUUCCAGUCUUGUGAUUCCUACUACUGCUGUCAUGGCGGACGAGAAUAACAACGACUCAUCAUCCUAUCCCUACAAUACACAAGUCUCCUUUGGAGCAUCCUGGUCCGCCGUGGAUGGAUUGAACGAAAUGGAUCUAUCCAAUCGUAAUGACAAAGUAGUUGGCUUUGACAUGAAGUCCUACAAGGCCAUGCGAGACGAUCCCACUCGAACACCUGUAUUUGAAAAGGCCAUUAAGGAACGAUUGUUCAAGACCAAGAAUCCCGAAUCCCAGGUAGUAUUGGAUCUAGGAACGGGUCCGUUUGCCUUGUUUGCCAUGAUGGCAGCCGACAUGGGUGCUGGAAAAGUGUAUGCGAUUGAAGGCAAUCCAGAAGCUGCCGCUUCGGCACGAUACACGGUCAAAAAGGCAGGUUACGAAGAUAUCAUUACAGUCAUUGAAGGACUUUCCACACAGAUCCAACUCCCGGAAAAGGUCGACUUUUGCGUUGCCGAGUUGAUUGGAUCAGUCGGGUCUGAAGAGGGAGUCUAUGCUACGGUGAAGGAUGCUGCCCGAUUUCUAAAGGAACCUACCGAUUCUGACAAUUGGAUUCCAACUCGGAUCCAAACCUAUGGAGCACCCGCGUCUUAUACCUUGCACAACCUAUUUGGGCCACCGGAAUUCGACUGGACCAAGCUAGGUGGCGAACCUGUUCGAUUCCGAUGCAGUGACAAUGGAUUGCAACUCCUGUCGGAUCCACAAGUGAUCGAAGACGUUUCCUUUGCCGUUGGUGCCGCGGACAGGAGCAAAGAGGAAGGAACUUUGACUUUUAGCAUUUCGGCCGACCGUAUCACAAAGAAUGUCCAACCAUUGUUUGAAGAGUUCAAGCAAAAAUCUGAUGCCAAGUCGUCCCAACAGUACGCUGAAACUACCAGUCGCAGUCUUUCGGGCAUUGCCAUGUGGCCUCGUCUCUUCCUAAAUGAUCAUCUGAUAAUCGAUAGUCGAAACUAUCCACUGGGUGGUCAUCAGAAGAGUCACUGGCAAACAGUUCUGCCCAUCAUGUCUGGACGACCACUGGGUUCGCUAAAAGGUGGUGAGACUGUCGAAGUGAAAUACAAGUUUGAACUGCCGUCGGAUGUUACCAAACCACCACAGUAUUCGAUACAAGGAGUAUUGAAAUACAACAGCUAA